GCCGUCAUGGAGUGCUCCAUCUCUCAUCUUCGGAUGCGGUCGAACCAUGACUUCAUCUUCUCCAAAGCUUCUACCGCCAACGAUAGGUCCUCGACUAAUCGUCUACCACCAAACAAUCCAUGACCCGCAGGGCAACUGUAAUUCGCUGCUGCCAUUACUGACCAACAACACCGGCGUUACGCAUGUCAUCAUUGGGGCGAUACACAUCAAUGAUGGGCCCGGCAACAUUACUCUGAAUGAUCACCGUCCCGAUGACAAGCGAUUCGAUCAGCUAUGGGGUGAAGUAAGCUGGCUGCAAGGCAGUGGUGUGAAGGUGUUGGGCAUGCUCGGCGGCGCGGCAAAGGGAUCCUUCGAACGACUUGGUGAAGACGACGAGAGCUUUGAAGCACACUACAUCCCCCUCCACGCCAUAAUCACAGUCCACAAGCUCGACGGCCUCGACCUCGACAUCGAGGAGCAGAUCCCCCUCGCAACAGCAACACGCCUGAUCGCCCGUCUUCGCGCUGAUUUUGGUCCUCAGUUCCUGAUCACCCUCGCGCCCGUCGCCACAGCACUCAUUCCAGAUCCAAACAUCCCACCGCAUCUCCGACCGCCACGUCCUAUGCUAGCCAGCGGGCCCAGUCCGAAUCCUUUGCAUCCAACAUUGCCGCACUUGAGUGGCUUCUCGUACCCCGAGCUCGAGUGCAGUGUCUAUGGAAGGGAGAUAGCAUGGUAUAAUACGCAAUUCUACUGUGGAUGGGGUGACGCAGGAACAACAGCGUGGUACGACGCCAUCGUCGCCGCAGGCUGGAAGCCUGAGAAAGUCGUGCUGGGUGUCGUCACAAAUCCUGGCAAUGGUGCAGGCCACGUUCCCGUUAGGAAUUUGCGCAAUGUUUGCGCGCUCCUGAGAGAGAAGUACAAGAAUGUUGGCACUGGGUUUGGUGGUGUUAUGGGUUGGGAGUACUUCAAUUGCGGUGAGCACGAAGAGGACCUUGUGCAUGUGUCUGAACUUGAAUUGAACAAUGAGACGGUGCAGGCCGGGUGGGUUUCGGCGUUGGGUAGAGUGUUGAGGACGGAGGAGCCGCAGCAUCUGCAGACGAGUAGGCCACCGUUGGGCGUCACAGCGGAGCAGAUCAGGCAGAUGGUGACAAGUCUUCCGGAAGCAAGAGCUAGCUGGCCAGAAGAAGAGGUGCAGAAGUUGGUCGUGCUUGGAUUUGCACGACGAGAGGCGCUUGCGGCGCUGAACGCCACUGAUGGGAAUGUGGAGAUGGCUGCUGGGUUUCUGUUCGAGCAUUACCCGCAGUAACCAUAGUUAACUGCAGGUGCGGCUGCAACAGCACUGGUACACUUCGAGCGUUUCUGUUUUUCUAGCGGGUUUCUCUUCUUACGCGUUGACAAAUUCACCUAACUUCUUAUCAUCAUUCACUUCGUC